AUUGCUACAAGGCUUCCGUAGUUCACAUUCAGCUUGAGCUACACGUGGUACUUUUCACUCAAAACACUUCAGCUAACAGUUGUCAGGACUCUGCACUAGUGUACAUUUUGUGAUCCGGUUUGUUUUUGUUCGUGAAUGUUUUGUUAUGGCUUAACUUAAACAUCUUUUAGGAAGGAUAAUCAGCGGUCAAUUGAGGCGAGAUAAAUUUUAAUGCUAGCCUGGCUAGUUACAUUGUGAAUGUGAAAUCGUUGUAUUUAUUUAUUUUUUUAUUUAUUUUAAGUAAAUUGAUGUAUCAUGUAAGAGUUUGUAAGCGCUUCUUAACCAAAAUCUUUUCCAAAAAGAACAAAAACCAAACCAAAAGUUUCGUUGACCGGUCACAAGGCUGUGUUUUGGUAGAUGUUACCAAGAACUAUACUUCAGGUAUCCUUUAGGUGUAUUGAUUUGUCUUCAGCACUUCCUAAGAAGAGAAUAUCCUUCCUCCAGACCCUUACUACAGAACAGUUUUUAAGUGGCUUCAAAACAUUCAGGAUGGACGGCAAGAAAGAGCCUGAAGAAUCCGAGGACACGACCAGUGCAGUACCAGUGGAAGACACAAAUCCCUCCAGCUCUACAGAAAGCAGUCACACCUCAUCUACAGACCCAGGGCUUUUAGCAGGGGAGACAGUGGUCAGGGAGGGAAAGGCUGCCAUUUUAUUCCCAAGUGCUAAUGAGGUGUUCUACAACCCUGUGCAGGAGUUCAACCGAGAUUUAACAUGUGCGGUGAUCACAGAGUUUGCCAGGGAGCAGCUGGCUCAGAGGGGCGUCCGGAUUCUGGUCCCGGGUGAGAAAGAUCGAGUUGUGGUUCGACUCUCCGAGGAGGAGAAUGGAAAAGAGGACCAAGAAGCAUCAGAACAGCCUGAAAAAGAGCAGCAAAAGGAAGAUGAGGGUGACAAGAAAGAGUACAUCACUGCAUCUGUAGGGGAAAGAUGUGAGCGAGGUCUGCGUGUGCUGGAAGGUUUGGCGGCAUCAGGCUUACGCUCUGUACGUUUUGCUCUGGAGAUCCCAGGCCUGAAGAGCAUCACUGCUAAUGAUUACUCCGCUAAAGCUGCUGCCCUGAUCGCCCGCAAUGCACAACACAACAACGUGUCCCACAUACUGCAAGCCAGCCAAAGAGAUGCCAGUAUGGUGAUGUAUGAGGUUAGAGGGAAGAAGGAACGCUAUGAUGUCAUUGAUCUUGACCCCUAUGGCAGCCCGUCUCCGUUUCUGGACGCAGCUGUGCAGGCCGUCAGUGAGGGUGGGUUGCUUUGUGUCACCUGUACGGACAUGGCUGUAAUGGCUGGAAAUAGCGGGGAGACCUGCUACAGCAAAUAUGGCUCUAUGUCCAUUAAGUCCAAAUACUGUCAUGAGAUGGCUCUGCGUAUAAUUCUGCACAGUUUAGAUCAGAGAGCAGCUGUGUAUCAGCGCUACAUUGAACCUCUCUUGAGCGUGAGUGUGGAUUUCUACAUUCGUGUAUUCGUCAGAGUCAAAACAGGCCAGGUCGUGGUCAAAAACUCUGCAAGUAAGCAUGCGCUGCUGUAUAACUGUGUCGGCUGUGGUGCAUUUCAUCUGCAGAGGAUGGGGAAGAAGAUGAGCCAAGGCAAACAUAUGAAGUAUUCGGCAGCCAAUGGACCACCAGUAGGGCCUAACUGUGAACACUGUAGACAGAGGCACCAGUUGGGCGGUCCCAUCUGGGCGGAGCCUAUUCAUGACAUUACAUUUGUUCAGAAAGUUCUGGGGGCCAUUUCAGGGAACCCCACCCGCUUCAGAACGUCCAAGCGGAUCGAGGGGGUGCUUAGCAUGGUGACCGAGGAACUGCAGGACGUUCCUCUGUAUUAUGUUUUAGAUCAUUUGAGCAGCACAGUUCACUGCAACACGCCGCCCAUGCUGCAGUUCAGGUCAGCUCUCAUGCAUGCUGGGUACAGAGUGUCUCUCUCUCACGCCUGUAAAAAUGCAGUGAAGACCGAUGCUCCUGCUGGGGUGUUAUGGGAUCUCAUUCGCUGCUGGGAAAAGUCCAACCCCGUGAAGAGAGAGCGCUUAUCAGAAACCAGUCCUGCUCACCACAUUCUCUCCGCAGAGCCAACUCUUCAAGCCUGCUUUGAAAUCAGAGAAGACGCAAACCCUCAGUCACGGAAACGUCACCUCACACGCUUCCAGGAGAACCCACAGGCCAACUGGGGACCAAAAGCACGUGCCAACGCUGGUGGAGGAAUCUCUUCGGAGCUAAAGGACAAAAGAAAACAGUUUCAGGGUAAACGAAAGAAACCGAUCACAGACUCCUCUCAACUCAAAAGCUUGCCCUGUAAGAAGUUUCGAAAGGGAACAUGUACACAUGGAGACAAAUGCUGUUAUUCACAUGAACUUGAGCAAGAAACGAAUGAGGAAAAGAUGGACUAGUUGGUUUUCUUAUUACUGGAUAAACAUCACACAUGUCUGGAUGUGUCCAGAUUUGCACCUAAACUUGUUUUACAUUAAUUGGAAUUGUGCGAUGCAGCCUGCAGGUUACAUUUUUCUGGCGAUGCAUAGACACACAUUGUCUUAAAUCAUUUUACCCUACAUUUUACAUUUAUUUAUUUUUUGCCUAAGUGAAUGUUUGUUUUUCUAUUCAGCAUGAGCAAGACACAUCAUGUAUCAGUUAAAAACUGUUUAUUGUUGAUCAUUAAAUUUAUUUCAUUAAAAAGUGUUAAUUUUCAAAUGAAAGGCACAGUAGAAAAAUACAAUCAAAUUAUUGCACAAAUGAACAGUAGAUCUGUGUCUACAUGAUGCCCAUUUGGCCAGUGGCUAACCAAAGUAGAGCCCAAGAGAUAAAUGCAGAAGAAAUAAAAAAAAAAUUGAUCAUAUA